AUGGGGACGUUGCGUGGUGCAAAGGCAGCGGAGGGCUCUUGGUUCUUUGAGUUGGAAGUCCCACGAACGUUCUUGGAAGCGGAUGUCUUCUUGCGCCGGUUCGGGGAGGCAGAUCUGGAGGAGGAAGAGGAGAGCCAGGUAUUAAAUGGCAACCCCUACAACAGAAAAUGUGAUGUUUAUAGCUUUGGUAUUUGCCUCUGGGAGAUAUAUUGCUGUGACAUGCCGUAUCCUGACCUCAGCUUCUCGGAGGUUACAUCUGCAGUUGUUCGACAAAACUUGAGACCCGAGAUCCCAAGGUGUUGUCCAAGUUCUCUAGCAAAUGUUAUGAAGAGAUGUUGGGAUGCAAACCCCGAUAAGAGGCCAGAGAUGGAUGAAGUGGUCACGAUGUUGGAGGCAAUCGAUACAUCCAAAGGUGGAGGAAUGAUCCCCGUCGACCAGCGAAGCGGGUGUCUGUGGUUCUUGGGCCAACGCCGAGGCCCAUGA